GAUUUCAGAUUCUGAAAUUAGGUCGAAGUAGUUGGUAGGUAGUGAAUAGUGAUUAGAAAAGUAAUUUUUAGUAUAUAAAUAUUCAAGAAUAUGUUUCCUAUCUUCAGAAAGUACAUUUGACUAUUGUUGGUGUACAGUUUUAAUUAUAAGUGACUUUAUGAAAUAAUCUAGAUCCUAUGGUAUAUGUGGUGAAGUAAUGUAUAAGGAGUGAAUACAUCAAUUUAAACAGUUAAUACUUGAAGGAAUUAUUAUCAGAUGAAGUCCUAGUGACUGGCAAAUAACAUAUGGCUUUAAUUCAAUAAAAUGGCUGAUAAACAUAGUUUAAACUAUGAGGUUAGAGAAUUAAAAUUGGGAUCAAGUUUCACUAACAAUAAAGCAUCACAAUAUCACACAAUUAAAUAUGACUUCAAACCAGCUUCUGUUGAUGUUAAUAAAAUGGCCACUGUAGAUGUAGGAACAAACAAUCAAGUGACUGUAACUGUACCACAUUUAGAUGGCGCUGGCAUACCACAAACAGUGUUUAAGGGAAAUCAAAGGCCUUACACAAAAGAAUGUGUACUCAUAAUAGAUAGAGAUACAGGAGAAAUCACAUUAGAAAAAUUAUCAAGUAAUAUACAAGUGAAAAAGACAAGGCAAGAGUCUAUUCAAAAGCCACGCCCCUUAACUCCAAUUACAAGCGAUCUCACAAACACCACACAAAGAUCGACAUCGCGUACUCGUGUCGCAACUAAUCGUCGAACUAACAAUAAUGCUGGUACAGUCAACAUGACGGCUCAAGUAACCCAGCAUCAUCAACGGUUUAAUGGCGGUGCAGCACAGAAGACUCAUAACAUGGUGCGUUCACCGCCCAGAGUCAAAACGUCUCCACCGCAAGCGCCUUGGUCAGCAGGCGGUAACAGUACACUAGCGUCACUUCCUAUGAUCGGUCUGGACGACGCUCCCAAUGGUCCUAGCGCUCCCAGUGUGCAUGCAACCAGUGCACACGCGCCUAGCGCGCAUGUACCUAGUGCGCACGCUCCUCUCGCGCACAUCCCAAGUGCUCACGUCCCGAAUGUGCACACCCCUAGCGCACCCAUUGUACCUAGCGUGCAUAGUGCCCCUAUUGCGCACGUACCACCACCUUCGCGACAUCUGCCGCCCCCCGCGCCGCCAAACCCCGCUGCACAACGACAAGAUGACAGCUCAUCUAGUUCAUCAAGUGAUAGUGACAGUGACAGUGGUAGCGGAAGUGACAGCGAUGAGAACGACUCCAGACCAUCGAUUCCUUCUGGUGCACCUAGCAACCCAGCCUUACCAACGGAUGUCCUAAACGACGAUCUCUGUUUGUCUGAAUCCGGCAGCGACUCUGACUGACCACAGCACACGCCUUUGUUUCACGGAGAUUUAUUCUUUUGAAUUAAUUCGCCCAGUUGAUAUCAUUAAUCUAAAACUAACAAAACCUUUAUUUUCUGUUUAACUAAUAUUGUCGUCAACUUAACACUAUCUCUCUAAUCUCGCGAGGGUCCGUUUUCUGCACGAAGUUUAAUGAAGUAUUAAUGUAUUUGUGUUAUGUUGUCUGUUACAGGAGAAAUGUAAAUUUUUUUUCACAAAUGGGUAUUCCGUAUUUGGCCUUAUACUGCUUGUGUAUAUACAUAUAGAAGCGAAAAAGUGGAACGGUUGAUAUCUUAGCCUUAUUACUUAUAAAAUAAAUCAUGUGUAAUUCAUUUGCUGUGAUGUUUAAUUUCUUUCGGAAGUUCAAAUUUGAUUUUGAAAUCUGUUGAAUCAAAUAAGCUUUUAUUAGUAGAAAUACUUGAAAUGCAUGUUCAAUUUAUGUAACAGCAACAUGUUAUCUUGAACGAGUUUUUUUGACAUUAUAAUUAAAUGGUUUCUUGUAUAUUUCAUAAUAUCAAAUGUAGGUUAUGAUGGUAUCAUCUGGGUAUUAUUUGAGAACUCAAAACUAAUUUUUUGCAGGGUUACAUCAAGUGCAAAAGUUAUUUAUAUUAAUUUUCCUCAAUAUAAAUAGUUAUGCAUAUACUUGCAUAUUUGUAAACAUAUUUAAAAUUAAUUAUUAUUUAUUUUAUCUUCAUCAUAGAAACAUUUUAGAACUCGGAGAUUCGCGAUUUUUAUUUAUAGCAUAGCGAUGCUGUUAGAACAAAGAAUAAAUAAUACCGUUUAGUGUAGACAAAUAAAGCUCUCAGCAUCGUACUUAAGAAGCUAAUUUUGCGUACGUAUGCGCAUCUCGUACGUAUAAUACGUACGUUAAGAUUUAUUUAUUUCCAUUUCCAAUUAAUUAUGCAAAAAUCUUAUAUUUAGUGAAACAGUAAUAAAAAAAUGUCUUGAUAUAAUCCUGCCUAUAAUUCGUUAGAAUUUCUCCAAUGUUAAAAAUGGUCAGUAUAAUGUAUAUUUUAUUAAAUGGUUUAAAGUCGAGUUGAAUUUGUCAGAGACAUGUUAUUGACAAGAUUAUUUGGUUUUAACUAAAAGUUUUCUCUCUUGUGUUUAAGUUUACGUUACAGAUAUGUAAGCCAUCAGACUUAUGACAUAUGACGUAUACUUAUGACGUAUGUCAAUACGUUUUUGAUGUAACGGAGUGAUACUUACAGCUAAGUCUCGAUUUUUACUCAUACAUACGUACGUAGUAAAAACUACGACGUACUAUUUCGAAAUUUGGUUUGUAUUUGAAGAUUUAAUGAAAUUUACAAAGUACUGACUGGCGUAUGUUAAAUAUAAACGUGCCUCAAUUUAUAUAGAUAAUAUAUUUUUUAUUUUAUGCCAAUAUUUUUAAUUAGAUAUAAGGGCUUUGUUCGGUAUCGCCAACGUUAUACAUAUUAGACUUAAUAAAUUCUGCAAUAAAUUAUUACAUAUAUUUGUUAAAAUCUUAAAGUUAGGAUAUAUGUUGGUACUAUCAGCAAACAAUUUUAUUACAGUUAAAUACAUUUAUUUACCUUACUGUUACAGCCAUCUAGUGUUUCGAAUAAUCGGUUUUAUUAUAAAUCAUGGAUUGAAGGCAGUGUAUUUGUUACCAUGGUUGUCAAUGAUAAUAAACAUACUGUCUUUGUCCACGCAUAAGGCGGCUUCAAUCGUGUGUUAAUUAUAUCUUACAGGCAAAAAACCAUUUUAUAUAUAAAUUAAAAAUAUUUAAAAUGUAAACUUCUUUUGCUGAUAGUACUUUGUGUAAAUAAUAAAUUGUACGAAUGCUUGAAUAUCGACGUAUUCGAUAUAUUUUCUUUUGGAAAACGUCGCACGAGCAAUAAUGACACUUUUAAAACCGGUUUAUUCUCAAACUAAACGCGAGCAUAAUAAUCGUAAAUUAUUUGACAUUCAUAUGCAUGUGUAGGUAAAAAAUCUCACUACUAUAUAAAUUUUAAUUUAUUUAUAAAAACUUUGCUAGUAAAAAAUGUGUUUGUGUAUAAGCUUUAGAAUAUUAUCUUUUAUUCGUCACGGUAUAUUAUCUGUUAAGUUAAAAUGACGUAAAGAACGUGUAAUUUAUGUAUUUUAAUGAUGUUUUUACAUCCUUGAUACGUUUAAAGAUAAGCUUAAGAUUCGAGACACACCGCUAAGCACUGCCUAUUUCUUACGUUACCUAUGUUUCUGAAACAAAUUUAUCUUCCUUAAAAUCUUAUUAUCGCAUUUUUUUUUCAUAUGAAAAUUAUAAGGAUUUUGAGGUAUUAAUUAGUGCACAUUGAUAUCAUACAUUUAGUUGUGAAAAAAAACGUGCUAAAAAUAAAAAAUACACAUAAAUAGGUGAUGCUUGAAUUGAUCAUACUAUUUAUAUUUGAAAGUGUCAUUAAGGCCUCAUGCGGAAAUUGGUUUAUAAAUCGAUAUUCGGCUACAGUAGGAGUGAUUCUCUAUAGAAUUAAAAUAGUAUAACGAAAAUUCUCUUAAUUCAUAGUACUUUACAUCUCAAGUGUAUUCAACACGUUCAAUGUUUUACAAAUCAAAUCAAAAAUCAUAGAUUAAAGACAUUUAUUAAAAAAAAAAUUACGUCAUGGAAUAAAAGAAUUUUCGUUACACGUAAAAAAUUGUGCCUUUAACUUCUCAUUUAUAUUGUAUUUCGUUCGCAUAGCACCGUGAUACGUCACAGUAUAUCAUUAGUAUAUUUUAUCGUAAUAAAAUAUGUCCUCAUUUCUGAAACCUUGUUUCUUAUUUUAUUAUAAUCAGUACGUUAGAUAUCACAUGCAUUUUUAUAAUUUAUCUAAAGAGUCGUUUCUUCUUCCUUUAGCAUACAUAAAUAAACUUUAUGAUA